CGCCGCGUCCUCCGCCAUGUACAGACCGGCGCUGCUCCUUGCGCUCUGCGCUGCCGCUUCUGCCUUCCAGGCUCCGUUCCUCUCUUCUUCCUCAUUCAGAGGAGCUUCUCUUGCCAAGGGAGUCACCCCUGCUGCUCCUCGUGCUCGCGCAUGUGGACCUAUGAUGGGUAUCAAGGAGCUCAGAGAUCGUGUCACCUCGGUGAAGAACACCAAGAAGAUCACCUCUGCUAUGCGCCUCGUUGCUGCUGCCAAGGUUCGUCGUGCUCAGGAUGCCGUUCUCAAGACCAGGCCCUUCUCCGAGACCCUCCAGAAGGUUCUCGGUGGAUUGAUCCAGCGCUUGAAGAAGGACAACUUCGACUCCCCUCUCAUGACCGAGCGCGCUGUCAAGAAGGUUCUCCUCGUGAUCAUGACCGGCGACCGUGGACUUUGCGGAGGAUACAACUCGUAUGCCAUCAAGAAGGCAGAGGGUCGUAUCAGGGAGCUCUUGGCCCAGAACAUCGAGGUCGACCUCGUCACCAUUGGAAACAAGGGAAACCAGUACUUCAAGAAGCGAUACAACGUUGUCAACAGCUACACCAUCGGAAACUCUCCCACCGCUGAUCAGGCCACUCCUAUCGCCCAGAACCUCCUCGCCACCUACCUCGCUGGAGAUGCUGACCGUGUUGAGCUCCUCUACACCAAGUUCACCUCCCUCAUCUCUUCUGAGCCAUCUGUCCGCACUAUGCUUCCCCUUAGCCCAACUGGUAUCGAGGCCGAGGGUGAUGAGAUCUUCCUCAUGACCUCCAAGGAUGGAAGCUUUGGUGUUGAGCGUGCUAGCUCGGGCAAGGUGGAGCCCCAGCAGUUCCCCAAGGACAUGAUCUUCGAGCAGGAUCCUGAGCAGAUUCUUUCCGCUAUCCUUCCCCUCUACUUCAACGGUCAGAUCCUCCGCCAGAUGCAGGAGUCUGUCGCCUCCGAGCUUGCUGCUCGUAUGACCGCCAUGCAGUCUGCCUCUGACAACGCUUCUGACCUCAUCAGGGACCUUACCAGGCAGAUGAACCGUCAGCGUCAGGCUGCCAUCACACAGGAGAUCUCUGAGAUCGUUGCGGGAGCUUCCUCGGGUGCCAACUAAGUUGUUAACAGUAUGAUGAUAUAAACAAGGAGAACGGAUUC